UGAAUCGUAUCUUUGACUAGAGAGUGUUAUACAGUACAAUAGUGCACCUUUAGCCAACAUGGCGGCAUCGUUGGGACGUAUUUGCCGAUCGGGUUUUUUAAAAGCAAAUAACGGAACUUUAUACAACCAGACUUGCAAUUUUACUACAACCAAAGAAUGGUCCAGGGGCAGAAAGAUCCUAGUGACAUGCAUUGGAGUUGCAGCUGGAACUGUUGGGGCCUUCGUGUACGCCUUAGAAAACAGCGUCCACGCUGAAGAAUUAGUAGCCCAUGCACCGAAAUUCCCAUGGAGUUUUAAUGGUGGUUUUAAUUCUCUAGAUCAUGCCAGCAUGCGUCGAGGCUGGGAAGUAUACAAAAAUGUAUGCGCUGCAUGCCAUAGUUUGAGAUAUGUCGCUUAUAGACAUUUGGUGAACAACACUCAUACCGAGGCUGAAGCUAAAGCUAUAGCCGAAGAAGUGAUGAUUAAAGACGGACCUGAUGAUAAGGGCGAAAUGUUCAUGCGUCCUGGAAAAUUAUUCGAUUUUAUACCAAGUCCUUAUCCAAAUGAAGAAGCUGCCAGAGCAGCGAAUAAUGGUUCUUAUCCACCAGAUCUUUCUUUUAUUCAAAAUGCGAGACACAAUGGAGAGAAUUACAUCUUUUCUCUCUUAACUGGGUACUGUGAUCCCCCAGCUGGAAUUGUUUUGAGAGACGGUCAAAAUUUCAAUCCCUAUUUCCCGGGUGGUGCCAUUGGAAUGGGUCAAGUAGUUUACGACGAAGUAUUAGAGUUUGAAGAUGGAACACCAGCGACUGCUUCGCAAAUUGCCAAGGAUGUCGUCACUUUCCUCACAUGGACGUCAAACAUGGAACAUGACGAGAGGCAAAAAAUGGCAAUAAAGGUCUUGGGAGUAGGUUCAUUUUUGGUCGCAAUUUGUUUCUACAUGAAGAGGAGCAAUUGGACUGUAGUUAAAAAUACAAAACUAGCGUUUAUUCCUCCGAAGCAAAAGAAGAAAUAAAUGAAUUGCGUCGAAUAAUACAAUUCACAACUGUUAGCCCAAAAAAAAAGUUGCUUGGAACGAGAAAUGUUCGGGUGCAAACAGUAGUUUUAUAUAAUAUAAAGGAUUACGCAAAAAAAUUUUUUUUUGAUCGGGCCGAAGAAACAUCUUUUUUGUUAUCUUCUGAUCGUCUCAAAAGAAAAUGCCCAUUUAAUAUCCACGUGAUAUCAUCUAAUGAAAUGUACAUAAAACAACAGUAAACAAUGACACUCAUUGUCCUGUCAAAUUAAAUCGUUAAUUCACCGUAA